AAUUAGAUUGGCAUUGGGGUAGUGUGUUGGUGGGUGUGAGAAGCUGUUGAAGCUGGAAGGGGAAAUCUAGGUCUUUGGAGCUGGCCGGAGGUUCAGUCAGCCAGUACAACUCUGAGAAAGGAGUUGAGCACUCGGUCUGUGAUCUCCCUCUCUUUUUGGUCCUUCCUCUUCUCUUUGUCAGCCGUCGACCGCCUCCUGAGCCACCCUCUUCCUCCGUGCUCGCCGGGGAUGGGGUAGUGUGUCCUGAGUGAAUAACAGUUUCAGUUCAGUGUACGACAAAAAAAAGUAACGAAACUAACGUAAUAAGUGUUUGGUACGGACUUCAGGAGUCGGGAGGAAACGAGAUCCGGAUACAAGAUAAAACUUCCGGCGGACCCUGGGAACAGGAAAGCUCCAGCCACACGAGUUGCACAUAGUCAAUGGAAUAAACUCCGGUAUAUUAAGAGCUCGUUUUAUAACGAAAGCAGCCUCCAUUCCCACCCACCUUCAAUCUUCAAUCGGAACAAGCCAGCUAGGAUUUCGAGGCUAUAUAAAGGAUAACAACACGCGGAUAUGCCGAAGUAACGAUGGACAUCAGCAACGAACGUUUGAGACAAGACAUUCCCAAGUCGGACAUCUUCGAUUUCGUCAACCCUCCGGCUGAAAACCUAAAAAACCUCGGAUUGGAUAACCCGAACGGCAACGUACUGGAGGCUAAAGAGACGAACAACAACCACGUCACGAUCGACAUGGCCAGCUACGGCAGUGAUAUUUGGCCGACGAUAGACAGCAGCAUGUUGGAAGAGCUGAACUGUUGGACUCAGGAGGCGGGCCAAGGUCCGAAAGUGGACAACACGGACGGUGCAAUAUACACGCUCACCGUCCUCAACGGGGCGGAUCAGUCCGGUUGGUUCAAACAAGAAGAAAAAGAAGAAAAACUAUCAAACCCAUCUUUAGACUUAGACUCUCUUUUAAACGUGAUACCGUCCAACUUUUCGAAUAACUUUCCCGCCGAAGUCAAGUCCGAGUUCAACUUCGGCGAAAACAGUUUCGACGAGAAAAAAGACGAAAUGUGCAACAACAUCGUGACGGAGAUAGUGUUGACGAAUUCCUCCGGUUUUAACAACAACAACGAAUGGAAACAGGAGAACAAUAAUGAAGUCGACUCUCUGCUGAGAAACGCACUCCAAGGGAAGGGACUCGUGCGGUACAACGGAGUGAAGAAAGAGCCGGAGAACAAGCCCGAGGAGGAAGAGAAAAUAAUCAACAUCGAAAAUCCGAUCCUCUACGAAAACCCUAGCAUAAUAGACUCGGACAACCCGAGCUCGGCCCACAGUAUGGAAGAUAUGUUUCUGUCCCAUCUGGACGUCUCUUACCCCGAGGAUUACGAGAAGUUGAAAAGGAUAGAGACAGAAGUGGUGGAAUCGGUCGAGCAGUUCUGCCUCGACAGGUCGUAUAUCCCUUCCGGGUCGCAGCUCUCACAGGUCAACCCGCUGAUAGGGCUUGUCACGAAACCGGCCAAAAAAUACACAAAACGUUCCAAAAGUACGACGCCGACGGCGGGCAGUUCAUCCUCCGGCGUCAGAAAGGAAAGAUCUCUCCACUAUUGCAACAUCUGCAGUAAAGGGUUCAAAGACAAGUACUCCGUCAACGUCCAUAUAAGAACGCACACGGGGGAGAAACCCUUCACCUGCUCCCUAUGCGGGAAAAGUUUCAGGCAAAAAGCCCACUUGGCCAAACAUUAUCAAACCCACAUGGCACAGGCGAAAAAUGGACUGACGACAUCCUCAAAAUCCGCAAAGAAUCUCAUUCCAAGCAGUUAAUCUCAACUAUUUAUUAGUCUACUUUUUUAUUUAUAUUCACAAAUAUUUCAAGAAAACCGAAACACACGCUUAAGAAAUGUAUUAAAUCUUGUGUUUUUCUGGUUUUAUUUGCUAGAAAAGGACAUUUUUUGUUCCUUGUUAAAUUUUGGUGUACACAAUAGCGCAGUGUUACCAUGCCAAUCUGAGAUUUAUGCGCUAACGGUAUUCUAUUCCUGUGAUAACUUGUGUUGUUUUUGUUUACUUUUUUCUUUUUUAUCUCGUCUGUGGUGUACAGGAAUUUAAAAAACAUGUACGACUGUGCCUUUCAGUCAAAGAACUUUUUCAGCAGAGCCAAAUGGUAACGUUGUGAUGAUGAAACCGUCCAAGUUUACAAAUACAAAAUCGUCUCGUGAUUUGGGAUAUUUGAAAACAGAAUGUAAUCGAAUAAACAUUUUUAUAUUUGAAAAAAUUACUAUUUUUGUACGAUUUAGGGCCAAAAUAUGUU